AAGAGUGUUGCGCAUGCGCAAUGCAGAGCGCCGCUUAGCGCUCUGUGUGCCAUAUUUGUCACUGAGACAGCAAAAAAAAAAAAAAAAGAUCCGGUACCUCAGAAAAUUAAUUUUAAAUAAAUAAAUAAAUGAAAAGCCGCGACGCUGGUGAGGAUAUUUCUAAUCACCGGCUAGAUUUCAUCUAAGAGGUGUUCAGGAGCGUCACUGCUUCGACACGUCCCCAUUUCCCUCUGCAGUCGUCUUCUCCUCCUUCUCCUCCUGUGCCAAACUGUCGGACAUGUCGGGUCCGGUGCCGAGCCGAGCGCGGGUUUACACUGAAGUGAACACACACAGGCCCCGGGAGUACUGGGACUACGAGUCUCAUGUGGUCGAGUGGGGAAAUCAGGACGAUUUCCAGCUGGUGCGGAAGCUCGGACGCGGAAAAUACAGUGAGGUGUUCGAGGCAGUAAACAUCACCAACAACGAGAAAGUGGUGGUGAAAAUACUGAAGCCUGUGAAGAAGAAGAAAAUAAAGCGUGAGAUAAAGAUCCUGGAGAACCUGCGAGGAGGUCCGAACAUCAUCUCGCUUCUAGACAUCGUCAAAGAUCCGGUGUCCCGAACUCCUGCCUUGGUUUUUGAACACGUGAACAACACAGACUUUAAGCAACUGUAUCAGACGUUGACGGACUACGACAUUCGGUUCUACAUGUACGAAAUCCUGAAGGCUCUUGAUUACUGCCACAGUAUGGGAAUCAUGCACCGAGACGUCAAACCGCACAACGUCAUGAUCGAUCACGAAAACAGGAAGUUGCGUCUUAUUGAUUGGGGUCUGGCGGAGUUUUAUCACCCGGGACAGGAGUACAACGUCCGAGUCGCCUCACGCUACUUCAAAGGACCAGAGCUUCUCGUUGACUAUCAGAUGUACGAUUACAGUCUGGACAUGUGGAGUCUCGGCUGCAUGUUGGCUAGCAUGAUCUUCAGGAAGGAGCCUUUCUUCCACGGCCAUGACAACUACGACCAGUUGGUGAGAAUAGCCAAAGUCCUCGGAACUGAAGACCUCUACGAUUACAUCGACAAAUACAACAUCGAGCUGGAACCUCGCUUCAAUGACAUCCUGGGAAGACAUUCCCGUAAACGAUGGGAACGCUUCGUACACAGUGAGAAUCAGCACCUGGUGAGUCCCGAGGCUUUGGACUUCUUGGACAAGCUGCUGCGAUACGACCAUCAGGCCCGCCUGACUGCGCGGGAGGCCAUGGAGCAUCCUUACUUCUACCCUGUAGUGAAGGAUCAGUCUCGCAUGGUGGGUUCCGCUAACGUCCCAGCACUCAACACCGCUGUGAGCACCGCCAGUCUGAUCACGGGGAUUGCUGCUCUUCCCGCCUCCACGGCUCUGGGCCCGCUGGCCGGCUCACCCGUCCUCUCAGCCGCCAAUACCCUCAGCGUUGCCGUACCCGCUGCCGCCGGAGCUACUCAGUGACUCCAUGGGACGGAUGACCUCUGACCUCUCGGUUCAGCCUGCAGGGGACGAUGGGAAAAGCGUGUCCCUUUGUCUAUCCCUCCUCCCUGCUCUUUCUGCCCCCCCCCCCCCCCCCCCCCCUCACCUACACCACACGCUUAAAAAAAAAAAAAAAAUCACCUCAAGUUAAACAAACGCUCCACUUGUUUAACAGUUUACCUGAACUGUACGGACUAUUAAGUGUGUGUGUGUGAGUGUAGCAUUGAUGAUGUUAAGCACAUGUUUUUCCCACAUGUUAGAAAGGAAAGGUGUGUGUGUGUGUGUGUGUGUGUGUGUGUGUGUGUGUGUGUGUGUGUGACUGAUUUAGGAGUAGCUCCAUGUUAAAAACUCAAAUACGGCUAAUCACAAAUCAGGUUUUUUCACCGACACGGAGCCAGCGAUGAUUCUUUUAAAAUAAAAAUAAAACAUUUUAUUCAUUUUUUUUUUCCCAGUAGAACCGCAGUUCCACUGGUUUGAAAAACGAUCCUGUUCAGUGUUUACAUUUUCUUUCUUCACGUAGCCGAGUGUCAGAAUCCCUGUCGCAACACAUCAUCCGUAUUUUUCCAUCCCAUCCACACGUGGGUUUGUUUUCAUAGGACAUAAAUUCUCUCAAUUCUUUAAAAUUUUAGGAAAUAAAGAAUUAAACCUGUUAUACAGUUUAUUAGGGCACCAAGUAGCUUUCAUCAGAAGAUCCUCCUCCUCCUCCUUCUUCUUCUUCUUCUUCUUCAUCGUUGGUUUAUUUUUUUCUUUGUUUUUCCCUUUUUUUUUUCUUUCUUUCUCCAUUUUCUUACCUUUUCUUUUUCCCCUUCCUUUUUUGUUUCUUCUUUCUGUGUUCUUGUUCCUUUUUUCUCUCUUAUUUUCUUUAUUAUUCCCUCUUUUUUUUCUUAGCUUCCCUUUGCAUAAUUUUUAUUUCUUUUUUUCUAUUUUGACUGAAACAGAGUUAGGAUUAAAUACAAACUUCAUCGUAAUUACAAUAUACUAAUAAAUCAACAAACGAAUCCGAAGAGAAAUAAACAAUUAAAGGUAUUUUUCAGGUUUUUAGGGGGCCGAGCGUCAAGUAGUUUCUGUCAGGAGUCUUAUUUUUCAUCUUUUUUCUUCUUCUUUUUCCAUUAUUUAUUUUGUUUCUAAUUCUUUCUCUUAUUUUUCUCUUUUCCUUUUCUUCCGUUUCUUUUUUAAAAAUUGUUUGUUUUUUUCUUUUACCUUGUUGUGAUCUAGUUUUCAUUUUAUUCCGGUGCGACUUGUGCAGAACACGAGAAAUCGCUCCUCGCUUGGCCUCAGCAGUGUUGUAGCGUAAACAUGUAAGAAGAUCAUAACCAAAAUCACAACUAAAUCAUCCGUUUCUUCACAUACCGUCUGUUCGUUCCUCAACAAUAUAUAGCAAUUAUGCAAAUAACUCGAAUCCGGCGUGUAUGUUUGUUUGCAGCUCCGGGUCGGUGUAAAAGCUUUAACGUUAGCAAACUCGUCUCCUCCUCGGUGGCCGUAGAGUUUUAAUCGUACUGGUGCUGUCCUCAUGACCGAAACACAGCGCAGUGUUUAAAUGCAAUGGUUGUAAGCGUGCAUUUACAUGCUGCAGGAGCGUCACCUCUUCAGUGUGUGAAACGCUGGAAUGGGAAAUUAAUCAACAUGGCGUGUUUACUCUGUACAAACCGUUCACAUGGCAAUAUAUCACUUAUUUUCUAGGUUGUUUUUUUUUUUUUAUCAAUGUUACAGAACUUGCUGCUAUCCUCCUCAGAUGAGCUCUUAGUGGAUUUCAGUUCUUCUGAUGUUCUUUUCUGAUUCUAAAGGCAGAAAUAUUAUUCCCUAAAUUAUUAUUUCCUAAAAUAUCAAUUAAAAUUCCAACCCAGAAGUAUUACUUCCGUGUCAUUAGCGUGUCCUUUUACUCUCCUCAACCAAAGCUUCACACUGAUUGCUUGGUGGAGAGUACUGGAUAACCAAUCAGUGGGCUUUCUCUUAAUUUAUGCGUUGGGAGGGGGGCUUUCAGAGCGUGCAUCCGAUUUUACAGUUAAAAUAAACGUUUUGUUUGUUUGUGUAAAAUACACGCCUGUCUAUGGAAGAAAAUCUCGAGAACAUCUCUCAGAAAUGUUCCUCGUGCAUGACGUGACUUUUUCGUAAAUAUUAAACAGUGGGAAAAAUGCAGAUAUUGUGUAAGUUGUGUAGAAAAGAAUUACAUUAAAAAAUUGUAUAGAUAGUUUACGAUAAACUUUGACGCGUUCGCUAACAUCACACCGAGACAUUUUCCUGAAUGUGUUCCACUUCACUGUUCAGUGACAUGACACUUUCAGAGUCGCUCUGAAGAAAUUACACCAAUGAUUUCUGAUUAAUAAUGAGAAUUAUUUUAACUGUACUGCGACUUUUUCAUAACGCUCUUUACUCGUUAUUUUGUUUUUUAACUUUAUCAUUUCUCCAUGAUGUAAAUCUGAUGCACACUCGCACAUAUGUCCUCUUGGUCACUCAGAGUCACGACUGUACAUACGUCUCUGUCCUCAUGUAGAGCAGUAGUGUUUCAGGAUAUUUGUGUAAAUAAACGUGUUUUAUUUAUCGCA